AUGGCAGCCUUGUCGUCGCAGCGCGAAGCCGGCGCGGCGAGUGCCGAGGGCGAGACGGUUCGUCUGUUCAGCGCGUGGUUCUGCCCGUUCGCGCAGCGCGCGUGGAUCGCGCUGGAGGCCAAGGGCGUCAAGUACGAGUACGUGGAGCACGACGAGCAGCAGGGAGAGCAGCAGCAGCGGUGCCUGUACGAGUCGAGUGUGAUCAUGGAAUACAUUGACGAGGCCUUCCCACCUUCACCUCUCACUGCUGCUGCUGCUGCUGCUGGGAGCACGGGUGUGCAUCUGAUGCCAAGGGACGUGUACGAGAGGGCGCAAGUGCGAAUGUGGAUGGACUUUGUCAAUCGCAAGAUCGUUCCCACCUUCUACCGCUAUCUUCAGAAGCAGAGUCGAGAGGAGCAGGAGGCAGAGAGGGCGGCGCUAAUCAGCUGCUACGAGCAGCUAGGAGCAGCCAUGGAGACCAUCAGUCCACAAGGGCCUUUCUUUCUUGCCCAGCGAUUCUCCCUCAUGGACAUCUCACUCGCGCCCUGGGUGCUACGCCACGACAUCCUCCAGUUCUAUCGCAACUUCUCCCUCCCCUCGCACGACGAAUCCUCUCCGGCGCUCCGUCGUUUCCGCCUGUGGGAGACGGCAAUUGGAGCUCACCCAAGCGUGCGUGCCACUCUGGCGGACCAUGAUAGGCUGAGGGAAAUUUACAAGCGGUAUGCGGAGAACACGGCGACGUCAGAGGUCGCUGUGGCUAUCAAUAGAGGCACUGCACUCCCGUGA